AUGACCUACACGGCCUAUUCUUUUCUUUCAGCCCUUGGGGUUGGUUACUACCUGUGCUCAGUGUGUGACAUGGUACUUACUUCUGUGGAAUAGUACCAGUUCCACAUGCAAGGAGAUAAACACCAGACCGAUUUAUGCAGAGAAAGAAAGCUUGUCAACCUGACAAAUAAAUCAAACAGAACAUAUGACUUCUCUCAAGAUGACUUUACAGAUUACAUUGAAUUUAGGAACACUAGAUGUCUAGAGCCAAGCAGGUGUCUAGGAGAAGCAGUGAAGGAAGAGGUUCGAGAUGAAAACACUAAAGGAAGUGGUGACAGUGGUGAGGUUAUAUCUUCACACUACAAGUGUGAACAAGGUCGGAAUUCCAGCCUUUUCUCAGAAACCCAGCCGCCUACAAAUACUGAGGGAAAUAAAUCGACAAGCUGGCCAUCAGCUGGUGAGCAUACACCAGGAAAGAUACUUAAUUGUUGCUACAACAAGGGAUACAGUAAAGAAGAGCAAGUAUCUGAGAUAAGAGCUUCAGCCUAUAUUGUAGAAUCUAAAGACUGCUACAGGCUUCCCAAAACUUCUACUGGCUCUUACAUAAAGGAUCAGCAAUUACACAUAAAACCUUGCGAGGAGGAAAAAUACAUCAGUGAAGAGCUGAAAUCUAAGAAGGAAAACACAAAGCUGAAAAGAAAGAUAAAUAGUGAAGGUGGAGAUUUAGAAAAGAAAAUGAGAAUUAAACUUGAGAUAGACUUGGUAAAUUAGAAGAAAUCAAGACCACACAAAGACAUAUGACUUAAAGAAAACCCUGUCGAGAAAGAUAGCAAAAAUUACAGAAAGGAUAAAAAGAAGCCACAGCCAGAUGUUAGAAGAGGAGCUACUUCGGGAUGA